CAUGAUAGUGGUAUUUAUUGGCGCAGAAUGCCAACGCGGCCUGUGUUAGAGCUGCUAUACGCAAGCUGGACAGGGAGGUGUAAAAGAAACUGCAGAAAAAGUGCUAUGAUGCUCCUGAAGUCACUAGCAUCCCUGUGCAUUUUGGCUGCUGUCGCCUUUGCUGUCCCUGCUCAGGAGAAGCGCAUCCAUCACCAUGGUGAUCUGAGUGACCAUGCCCAUGAUGAUGCUCACGGCUUCCAGUACGACCAUGAAGCCUUCCUUGGCAAGGAGGAGGCAAAGACCUUUGACCAGCUGACCCCUGAGGAGAGCAAAGACAGAUUGGCGAAGAUUGUGGAUCGCAUUGACACUGACAAGGAUGGCUACAUCAGCCAUACAGAGCUACAUUACUGGAUCAAGCACCGACAGAGGAGGUACAUCGAGGAGAACGUGAACAAACACUGGAAGGAUUAUGACAUGAACAAAGAUGGCAAGAUAGGCUGGGAGGAGUACAAAAACACCACCUACGGUUUCUAUCUAGAUGAGGAGUUUGAUGAUGUUGAAGACAAGGCCACCUAUAAGUCCAUGCUCACCCGGGAUGAAAGGCGCUUUAAGACUGCUGACCGAGACGGCGAUGGUAUUGCUACACGUGAAGAGUUCACUGCCUUUCUUCACCCAGAGGAGUUUGAUUACAUGAAAGACCUGGUAAUACAGGAAACUGUGGAGGACAUUGAUAAGGACGGUGAUGGGAAGGUCAAUCUAGAUGAAUACAUUGGUGACAUGUACACACCAGAGAAAGGGGAGAGAGAGCCUGACUGGGUCCAUACAGAGAGGAAACAUUUUUCAGAGUUCAGAGAUGCCAACAAGGAUGGUUACCUGGAUGCUGGUGAGGUGGCCCACUGGAUUUUGCCUGGAGAGGUUGACCAUGCUGACAAUGAGGCCAAACACUUGAUACAUGAGACAGACACUGACAAGGACGAGAAAAUUACCAAAAAGGAAAUUCUGGCCAACUGGAACAUGUUUGUGGGCAGCCAGGCAACCAAUUACGGUGAAGAUUUAACCAAGAAACAUGAUGAACUUUGAUUUCAAGAGGACCCCCUUUGGGUUUAUUUUUCAUUAUGUUGAUUACAGUUACAAUGUGUUCAGGGUGGGGGUAAAGUGGGGUGGAACUUUCUGACUGUGGUUUAUACUGUAAUCAAGGGUAUAAUCAUGUACCUUUGUCCACACUUGCAUAUACACAGAAACUAAUCCAUUCAAAUACAGCAUACAGUCACAUACUGUGUAUGUGAAUACAGAUGAUAGUGAUUAUCCUAUACAAACAGAUGUGUCCUUUUUGGUUUAUCUACGUGUGCAUUUGAUUUUGAAAUGGCAACUUAUAGUUAACAUAUUGCUGUCCGUAUAUUUCCAAAAUCUGUCCAAUAUGCACUGACACUUUCUAUUGGCCUAGAUGUUAGAAAGUUUUUUCAGCGCACAGGGAUACAUUGUUCUUAUAUGAAUAAUAUCAGGAGACACAGAAUUUUAUCAGAGACAAAUAUGAUGGGGUAUGCCAGGGGUCAUGUGAAGAGUUAUGUAAAGCACACAAAGCAGCAAGGGUAAGACCUGAGUUGUUGAUUAAAGGGGUGUUUACUGUUGUGUUUGUCUAAUAAAUAAAGUCUUAUUGCUUUUUCUAUAA